AAUCGCAUAACCUAUGCAGGCGGGUUUAUGAAAAGCCUACAACCUUUCGCUGCACAAGUUACAAAAAAGUACUAUAAAAGAAACCGCGGUGGUUGGCAAUAUGCAUUAAAGAGAAUAAACUUUAAUCAUAUGUCGAUUCCCGAGCUUCUAAAUUCUAACUGCCGAUCACUAAUCAACAAGUGGACGAUCUGCGAUUCCUACUAAGUGAAAAUAUGUAUCGUAAUUGUGGUGUCACCACAAUUCAAGAAUCCUGGUUAAAUGAUCUACAGGACGACUGCCUAGUUUCACUACGUGAUUUCAAAAUUUAUCGUCAGGAUCAAUCAAGCAAUAAAAAUGGUGUGGCGGCGGUGUAGCUACGUUUGUAAACGUGAACUGGUGUCGAUCUUCGUUUGCGUGUUUCAAGUUUCAAAAUGACUUUAUCGACUGUCUAACUCUAAGAUGUCGUCCAAAACAUCUGAAUGAAUACAAACAUGUUUAUGUUACCAAUGUCUACGUGACUCCAGACUGCACAUCAUCUGCGCUAUCUGUUUUCGCCGAUCAAUUCACUGAGUUCGCUGUUACUGCUUUCAGUGAUUCACUUUCAGUUGUAUGUGGUGAUUUCAAUUCAUAUGAAUGUAGCUUCCUUACGUCACUAGGUCACCAGAAUGUAGUAGAUUUUCCUACUCGUUUGGAUGCUCAUUUAGACUUUGUUUUCAUUAAUGAUGUGGGUAUAUAUGUGCUCAAUUGUCUAGCUCGGAUCACUGUAAAAUUCGUGUUCUACCUAAAGUAUAUGGAAAGCAUGGAAAGAGUACACUCUUGCAUCAAACCAGGAAAGUCGAAUAUAGGAAUUAACCAGAAGAAAAUAUCCGGAAUCGGAAAAAUAUGUUUCAUACGACUAACUGGGAAUUAUUUACAGAUGACUCACUGAAAAUCACUACCGAUGUUGUCACUUGUUACCUUAAAUUCUGUUUUGAUACUUUUCGCCCCACUGAAACCAUUUUUGUAAGUUUUGAUCGACUUACAUCUUGACAACUAAAACGACUACGGAGGAUGAAAGAAAAAAUGUACAAGGGGAAAAACUCUAAUGAAGUUCGUAAGCUAAAUGGUCUGAUAAACCUAGAGAUUAGACGUCUCAACUGUAUGUUUAUUCAAAAACUCUUGUCUUGCAAAAGCUCUCCAAGUAUGUGAAAACUCUUUAAAGAACUUACAAGUGACAGACAGAUUAGGAGCAAUAACCAGCUGAAUGUUUGUGACUUAAAUAAGUCUUUUUUUUACGUCAGUCAUCUGAUGUGAUGCCCCCUUCAUCCACAGGUUUAAAGAAUAGCUGGGUUUCUAAUUUCACUGAAACUGAUGUCCGAAGAUAUCUCCAAUCGCUUAAUUCAUCCCAAUGUUUAGGACCUGAUGGUAUCCCAAACCUUUUUAAAAAAUGUGCUGACGUCCUAUGUUAUCCCUUCACGACUAUGUUUAACAGAUCCUUCUCAUCUAAUCUCACAGCAAAAAUGUGAAGAAAGAUGAAGAUAAUCCCUGUACCCAAGAAAGUAUCUGGCGAUAAGAAUGUGAAAUUUAGACCUAUUGCAAUAACUUCACCCUUCCUCAAAACAAUGGAAAAAUUAUUAAUACUUACAAUUCAGCCUGCGAUAAAAGAGCAUAUUGAUCCAUAUCAGUUUGUUUACAGAUGCAAAAGAAUCACCUUAGAUGAUGUUGCUAUUCUGCAUCACAAUAUAGUGUUCAACUUAGAAAAGGAUAAGAAGUAUGUUCGAUGUGCUUUUCUGGACUAUACUUCAGCUUUUGAUUUUAUACCAAGACAACGUUUAAUUAACAAGUUAAUCAGCAUCAACACUGACAGCUGGAUAACCAACUGGCUAUGUUCCUACCUCUCUGGAAGAGAACAGUACACUGUAUUUAGAGGAAUGUGUUCAGAGUCUCUACUGUCUCAUGAAGGUGUACCACAAGGAGCUGUUCUUUCACCCUUUCUUUUCUCUUUUUUUCUGCAUGAUCUGUCAUCUUCCACAGAAAACACUUGUAAAAUAUGCGGAUGAUCUCACUGUAUGUAUGUCUAUCUCUUCCUCUUUACAUCCCAUAGAAAUGAAUGAGUCUUUGUCUCGUAUUGAUUGUUGGUCUGUUGGUAAUGGUCUCAUACUUAAUCCGUCUAAAUGUCAAGCUGUUAACUUUAGCAUGAGACAUGAACGGCAUCUAAACAGCAUUUUGAGAUCCCAUAAUGCUUGUGCCAUCGGAGACUCUUUGACAAACACAAUGUCGAAGGCCAAUUAUCUUGGUGUUACCUUUCCCUCUGAUUUCUCUUGGUCUUCUCACGUUUUAUUGUUAUCGAAGAAGGUUUUCCGUCUGACUCACUACAUAAAGAGAUUGCAUGCUCUUGGGAUUACUCGUCAUUUACUCUUACAAUUUGUCAAUUCUUACAUAUUACCUAUUAUUCUUUACUGUUCUCCAUUAUUCUUUCCCGGGCUUUUGAGAAAAGACUUUGCUGUAUUGCGAAGAGUGCUGAAGGCAGUUAGCAAGAUGUGUGGUGAAUCUUUCGAGGUCAUAAUUAAUAUGGUUGUGGAUAGACAUCUAAAGUCAUGCAAACUCCUGGCAGGUGUUAUUUUAUCAGAUACUAACCUUCCACUUCACUCUUGUCUUUCUCCUUGUAUAUCUUCUGGUAGAACGAGACGUAAUUACAUUAAAAUCCAUGCACUCAAGCAAAAGUAUAAAAGUUCUAUAAUACCUUACCUAGCAAAUAUACUCUGUGACGAACAGGUUGUUAGAGUUAACCUAGUCAAUAACCUGCAUUCUUAACAUGACUUUAAUUUGAAAAGUUUUACAGUUUUUUCAGAUUUUUUUAAACCUUUUCCCUUUCUUUUUUUUUUGUUGUUGAAAUACUUUGUACCAAAAUAUAAUAUUGAGUAGAGCC